CCGAAGCGAAGCCGGUGUCCUUAAUGUGGACCAGCAGUGUGACGGUAUGAGACGACGCCUGAUGUGUUUUCAUUAUGUAUUUAUUUUUGUCUCGUCCAAACUCCUCGCAGCGUCUCUUGAUAGUCGCAGCCCUGCAUUCCAAAAGGGAAGACGAGUAUUUCACCAUGAGCUCAGACGAUGGUGACAUUGAGAACCAGGCUGAGCUAGAAGAGAAGACGAGGCUCAUCAACCAAGUGUUGGAGCUUCAACACACUCUAGAGGACCUGUCAGCACGGGUGGAUGCUGUGAAGGAGGAGAAUCUCAAGUUGAAGUCGGAGAACCAGGUUCUGGGUCAAUAUAUCGAGAACCUGAUGUCGGCCUCCAGCGUCUUCCAGACCACCGACACAAAGAGCAAGCGAAAGUAAGGAGCAUCUCGAAGAGCCUUGAUUUAGCAGCUGUCAAGUUCCCUAUGUUCAACCCUUUGAAACAUUAGACCCAAAUCUCAUGGAUCAUUGGACUUUAAAGAGGUAGCCUGGGAACCAGACGAAUCUGUGAGCUCAUGUCGUACAUUUGCUCUGGCAUAUACAUCUGGCCACUAUCGGUAUCCACUAUUAUGACAGUAUUAAACGAACUGGAUGGUAUAUUUUUUCUAAAAGAAUAACAAACAACUGCACGUAAAACUUUUGUUGGUAAGAAAGAUGUGUUUGCCGUACUUCCGACAGGAUUUGGUAAA